CUACCCGUUCACCUGUGCACACACACGCCGGGCCAUCAGCAGCAAUAUCAGCCCAGUGUAUCUUUCAGUGGACCGUACGGUGGACGGUGUGUCGGUUCGCGAGUUCACGUUUAUUUGUCGUUGUUGCCUACAUUAUACAAAUCCGCAUAAAUCGGGAAAAAAACAUUAAUAUUUUCAACCCGAUCACCAUGUUUAGGAUUUUUCCUGGAAAACCAACGAGUCCGUCUUGACUCCGGUCGGUGAACACGAGCACGAGGGAGAGAGAGAGGCCAGAGACGAAAUAAUUUAGACAGCUGAAAACGAUUUGUUGGAAAUCAUAAAAAAAAUUUAGAUCAUGUCCGGAGAAAGAAAUAUACCGCACCUGAGGGACAUAUUCGGCGUGGCAGACGAUAUCCGCCGAAUGGAUAUGCAGGGCGAUGACCGGAACUCGUUAGGUGGCGUCAGCGCAGCCGGUACGGAUAGCGCUAUAUCCGUGGGCUCGGCCAGCGAGGAGGAUCUGUUACCAGUAAAGGUGCCGAAGAAGAAGCAGCACAGGCAUAGGCAGAGCGGCCGGCAGACGAAGGGCAGCAGCGUUAUAGAGGACGACGUCAAGCAUUUGGAACGUCAUCUGUCCAUGAAGAAGACCAUAAGGAAAAAAAUAAUGCGGGAUUUACAACAGGCGUUUGUGGAAGACCCCGACGAAUUUAAGGUGGAAGACAUACCCCCCGAACAGCUAAAGGCCGAGCUCAAUUCGAGAAGUUUGAGUUUCGGCACCCCCAGCAAGAAGAAAGGAAAAAUGAAGUCUGAAUCGAAUUUCUUAGACUUUUUGAGGGGUGGUAACGACUCGGCGAUUGUAGGUCGACGGUCUACGACGUACGCGGACGAGAGUGACUCAGGACACGGUUCACCGACUAGAGAACUGGACGAUGACGAUCAGCCUUCCAUAAGGAAACCGAGCUUCUGGAGACGGUUCACCAUCAAGGGUGCCAGGAACAAGCGGUAGACGACGCCGGUGCCCAUUGUAGUGUUUAUAAUAUAACUGUGAUCAUAAGCCAAGUUUUGUUCGACAAAACUUCAUACGAUUAUAUUCUUUCCUAUGAUACUUCAGGCGUCUUCAAUUUGUACCGUCGACGACCUUUGUAUUUGUAUUUUUUUUAUUAAGUGAAUCCUAUAAAUAUUAUUAUUUUAUUAUAUAAAUAAAGUCGUCCAAAUCAAUUA